AUGGUAGAUAUGGAAGAGGAAACACAGCUCGGGCAGGAAUCGGAGGAGGAUUACUGCGAGUUAUCGGACGGAGAGCUUCAGGAGGCGUUUGCCAAGGGGCUGCUCAAGCCUGGGUUGAAUGUUCCUUUGGAAGAACCAAAGAAGGCCGUCAACAACAUAGAGGGUCUGAAGAAGUGCCUGGCUGAGUUUAAGAAGAACCUGCCAUGGGUCGAGAGGCUGGACCUCACUAACCACCCAGCUGUGGACGUUUUGGCGAAAAUCGAGGGGACGUUAGAAGAUAAACAAAGCAGUGGUGAAAUCAAUGCAGAGGAUGAUUUUCAGAGGGAAAUGUGCUUCUACCGCCAGGCUCAAGCGACUGUUCUAGAGGCCCUGCCGAAGUUAAAGAAGCUGCAGAUUCCUACCAGGCGGCCGGAUGAUUACUUUGCAGAGAUGGCUAAGACAGAUCAGCAUAUGCAGAAGAUCAGGAAAAAGCUCAUGCAAAAGCAGAUGGCAAUCGAGAAGUCGGAAAAAGCCAAGAAGCUGAGAGAACAGAGGAAGUUUGGCAAAAAGGUGCAAGUAGAGGUACUGCAGAAGAGACAGAAAGAGAAAAAGGCCAUGAUGACCGCGGUCAAGAAAUAUCAGAAAGGUAUGACAGACAAAUUGGACUUCUUGGAAGGAGAUCAGGAGGAGAAGAAAGGGUCAGCUGCGUCCAAGCCACAGAUGAGCAAAAAAGGCCCUAACGCUAAGAGGAAGUACAAGGAUCAGAAGUUUGGUUUUGGGGGCAAGAAGAAAGGCUCCAAAUGGAACACGAAAGAGAGCUUUAACGACGUGUCAGGAUUCCGAGCCAAAACCGCUCACGGGAAAGGAGGAAAGAAGUUCAGCAAAGGAGGGAAGAAAAACAAGCGACCAGGGAAGGAGGCCAGGCGGAAAAUGAAGGCCCGAAAGUGAGGGAUAUGUCCAGUUAGCGUCCCUCAUGUUGAUAUCUAAGUGGACUUGUGUUAAGACUCUUGUCCUCUGCACUGCAGCGGCGUCUGUGUGGGCUGUGGUUGACUGCUUUUUCUGGUGAGAGGACUCUGAAAUGCGACUCUUGAAGUAAUUCCUACUUCGUUAGUCUGCUUUGCGGUGCCGUUCAAGGACCCUCCUCGGAUUUCUUUUUUAUUUUAUGUCAGUUUUACUCUCAGCUGUUCUUUUUCUCUUUCUUUGAAUUGUGCAACAUGAACUAAUUGGAUGGAUGUUUUUCUUGUAAAGGAUUUUGUGAUCCUUUGUGAUCCCCAGGAGCUGAUAUUUUUGUAUGUUAAGCUGGUGACUGGACAGAAGAAAUGACGGACAAUCCCCAUGUUAUGUAGAUCAAGAUAACCCUAUGAUUAUAAUGUUUAUUUUGUAAUUUGUGGUGAAAACUGCCAUUGACUGUAAUACUGGUAAUCUGUCAGUCGUGUAGUGCGCUCAUUAUCUCAGUUAUGCUUGCUUUCUGAGAGUAAAUGGUGGCACAGAAACCCAAA